UCAAGCUGGUAGAUUUGGAGAGGCUUUUGAAGAAUUUAUAAAGAAAAACCCCCAAAAUAAAGUCAAAGAGCAGGAUUGGAGGAAAGCACUCCGUGAUGUAGGCUCCACUGCUGGAUUUGUUGUUCAAAAUUGGAGGAAUGAAAGUGAGGAUAUUAAGAAGAUUGUUGAACAUGUUACUCAUAUGCUAGACAUGAAUGAAUUGUUCAUUGCUAAUCAUCCAGUAGGAGUAGAAUCUCGUGUAAAAGAGCUGAUUGAACUACUAAAAAGCCAUCAAUCAGAAGAUCCUCUACUAUUAGGCAUAUGGGGCAUGGGAGGGAUCGGUAAAACAACCAUUGCCAAAGCAGUUUAUAAUAAAAUUUUCCGUCAGUUUGAUGGUCGAUGUUUCCUCUUAAAUAUCAGGGAAGUUUGGGAUCAAGAUAAUGGUGGCCUUCAUUUGCAGCAGCAACUUCUUUCUUCUGUCUAUAAGACAACAAAAAUAAAGAUACAGAACAUAGAAUCUGGAAAAUCAAUAUUAGAGAAAAGGCUUGGACAGAAAAGGAUACUUGUUGUACUUGAUGAUGUGGAUAAAUUAGAGCAACUUAAUGCUUUGGCUGCAAGCUAUAAAUGGUUCUGUCCAAGGAGUAUAAUAAUCAUCACAACAAGAGAUGAAAGACUUCUUAGUUGGCUUGAAAUUGACAAAAGAUAUAAAAUGGAAGGGUUGAAUGAGGAAGAAUCUAUUGAACUUUUCAGUUGGCAUGCAUUCAAAGAACCACGUCCUAGGAAAAAAUUUGCUACACUUUGUGGUGAAGUUAUUUCCUAUUGUGGGAAUUUGCCAUUAGCUCUUGAGGUCAUUGGGUCACAUUUGUUUGAAAGAGGAAUAAAAGAGUGGAAGAGUGUCUUGAACAAACUCAAAAGCAUUCCCAAUAAAGAAGUGCAAAAGAAGCUUAAGAUAAGCUUUGAUGGUUUAAGUGAUGACAAAGAUAGAGAAAUAUUCCUUGAUAUAGCUUUUUUCUUUAUUGGAAUGGACAAAAGUGAUGUCACUGAUAUACUAAAUGGUUGUGGACAUUCUGCUGGGAUUGGAAUAAGUAUUCUUUUGGAGCGAUGUCUUGUAACUGUUGACACUAAGAAUAAACUUCGAAUGCAUGGUUUGCUGAGAGACAUGGGAAGAGAAAUCAUUCGCGAGAGUUCUCCAACAACACCUGAAGAACGUAGUAGGUUAUGGCAUUCAGAGGAUGUGCUUGAUGUAUUAUCAAAAGACUUGGGAACAAAAGCUACCGAGGGAAUUGCUUUGAAGUUAUCAAGGAUGAAUCCAAUUUGUUUGAAGACCAAAGCAUUUAAGUACAUGAGGAGACUCAGAUUACUUCAACUUGCUGGGGUUCAACUUAAAGGAAACUUCAAACACCUUUCGACAGACCUUCGAUGGCUAUGCUGGCAUGGAUGCCCUUCAAGAUAUACAGAAGCAAACUUUGAUCAAAGAAAUUUAGUUGCCAUUGACUUAAAAUAUAGCUACCUCCAACAUGUAUGGAAGAAGGGCCAGAUGAUGAAGAAACUGAAAAUUCUCAAUCUUAGUCAUUCCGAACACUUGACACAUACUCCAGACUUUUCAUACUUGCCCAAUCUUAAAAAGUUAAUACUCAAAGAUUGUCCAAGAUUGUGUUCAAUCUCCCACACCAUUGGACAUCUCAAACGAAUUCUUCUAAUCAACUUGAAAGAUUGUACAAGCCUUCGAGUGCUUCCGAAAAGCAUCUACAAAUUAAAAUCUCUCAAAACUCUCAUUCUGUCUGGAUGUACAAAGAUUGACAAAUUGGAAGAGGACUUAGAACAAAUGAAAUCUUUGACAACAUUGAUGGCAGAUAACACUGCUAUAACCAAAGUUCCCUAUGCACUACCAAGAUUAAACAACAUUGUUUACAUUUCUUUGUGUGGGUUCGAAGGAUUGUGUCGUAAUGUGUUUCCUUCAAUCAUCUGGUCAUGGACCUCUCCAGCAAAUAAUCUCUCACCCCAAAUGCAUACAAAUUUGGACCUGUCAAAUCUUGUUUCCAUAAUGGUAUCCAAUAGCAGUAGUUCCCAUGCAGGCCUAUCAUCCAUCAUUAAAGAGCUUCCAAAGGUUCAGAAUCUUCAAUUGGAAUGUGGCUCACAACUAAACAUAUCAGGAAAUGUAAAUUUAGUUUCUUCUAAUGUCACAAAUUUUAAGGAACUGGAAGCACCAUCAAGAACAUCACAUGUCUCAAAUAUGAAUACCUCAGCAUUAGAAGCUUACUAGCAAUUUAGCUGGAGAUUUUUUGCUUCCUGGAAACAACAAUCCUGAUUGGUUAACCUUCAGCAGUGAAGGUUCUUCUGUGAGUUUUGAAGUUCCAAAAGUUAAUGGCCGCAGCUUGAAGGCGAU